AUGGGUAUUAGAUUACAAGGGUUUAAGAAAUAUGUUGGUGUUCAUAGGACGGACGAUGGGUCUCCGCCCAGCGGUCGUCAGACACACUCGAUGAUCAACCGGAAUCCAAUAUCCGAAAACCAACCACUUGUGCAACCCGAAUUUAAUAUUCAAAUUUCUAGCCGUAAAACUAUCAAAGUCUACCUAAUUGUUUGA